ACCCGCCCUGAGCCGACACGUCAGCGGGCCCACGCAGGCCCACGCAGGCAGCGAGCAGCGAGCAGCAGCAGCAGCGGCUGACAGAUUGCGCGACCAGGGUAGCGGUUUGUUGAUGGUCGAGGUCGCUGAACUUUGCCUCGCUGGACGGUGUGUGCUGAAUCUCCCUCUGGAAAUCCAUUUGCAUGUCCCGCGGCGUGUCGUCCCGCCGCGUUGUCCCGCAGUAGCUUUUCUUUUCUUUUUCUUUUCCUGUAAGGAAUUGUCAAGUCAAACCAAGGUGAGAGGGGGCUUGUGUUGUGCCACUGCAGUUGCGCAAUGCUCGCUGCUCUGCAUGCGCUCUGAGCUGAGGCGACGUGUUAAGAAAAGCUGCUGGUGGUCACUGCAGGGUAACAUCAUGACAGGGGACGCAGUGGUUUUGAGGGGCCUGAGCUGGAUAAAACAGGCAGCUAGCAGAGGCAGCCUGAGCAGCCCCAACAACCACAGGCUGGUAAGCAUCGGAUCGCCAAGGACUUUCAACACGCAGAUGGACUGCGGCGUCCUCAGAGCCUCGCCAGCUCAGUUCCUCAGAUACUCCACCGUGGGGUCGUACCUCGGCUCCUGCUUGACCGGAGGGGUGAGCAACGCUCACGGGGCGUGCGGCGGACAAAGACCCGGUGCUGGACACGCGAGGUAUCGCAGGAACUGGUCGGGUCAGCUGUACUCUGGACACACGCGGCUCUUUAACCAGGACAACUCCACAGUGGGGCGGCUGACGGCGGAGGACAUCGAAAAAGCAAGAAGCGCCAAGAAAACCGAAGCAAAGCAGUAUCAACAAGCGCUGAGUGAAAAUGCUCGGGAGAGGAAAGUGCCGGUCACACGGAUAGGAAGGCUGGUGAAUUUUGGAAGUCUGGCGGUCGGACUCGGCAUCGGAGCGAUCGCGGACAUGGCUAAGAAGAGUCUGAAGCUGAAACAACCAGGGAACACAAAGGCCGUCCUGGACUCGAAUCGCUUCCUCUCUGAGGCGAACGCUGAGAGAAUCGUUCGGACACUUUGCAAAGUUCGAGGAGCGGCUUUGAAAAUGGGCCAAAUGCUCAGCAUUCAAGACGACGCCUUUAUCAACCCUCAGCUGGCUAAGAUCUUCGAGCGGGUCCGGCAGAGCGCAGACUUCAUGCCCACUAAACAGAUGAUGAAAAUCAUCAGUAGCGAUCUGGGCCCGAACUGGAGGGACAGCCUGGAGUACUUCGAAGAGAAGCCGUUUGCGGCCGCCUCCAUCGGUCAGGUUCACUUCGGGAGGCUGAAGGACGGCAGAGAGGUGGCCAUGAAGAUUCAGUACCCGGGAAUCGCCAAGAGCAUAAAGAGCGACGUGAAUAACAUCAUGACUGCACUGAGUUUAAGCAACGCUCUGCCUGAAGGUUUGUUUCCAGAACAUCUUAUUGAGGUCAUGAGUCGUGAGCUAGCUUGGGAGUGUGAUUACAUAAGGGAGGCAAACUGUGCCAGAAAGUUUCAGCAGCUGCUGAAGGAUCACCCGUUUUUCUACGUGCCCGAUGUGAUUGACGAGCUCAGCAGGGAGCGGGUCCUCACCACAACGCUGGUGUCCGGUUUCCCCCUGGACAAGGCCACGGACCUUCCUCAGGAGCUCAGGAAUGAGAUCUGUGAGCAGAUCCUGAUUUUAUGCCUCAGGGAGCUGUUUGAAUUCAGAUUCAUGCAGACCGAUCCAAACUGGUCCAACUUCUUCUACAGCCCACAGAUCCAUAAGGUCGCGCUGUUGGACUUUGGAGCUACAAGAGGAUUUGACAAGAAAUUCACAGACAGCUACAUCGAGAUCAUUAAGGCAGCGGCGGAUCAGAACCGAGAAGGCGUCCUGCUCCAAUCCAGAGACAUGAAGUUCCUCACAGGAUACGAGACAAAGUCGAUGGAGAACGCCCACGUGGACGCCGUGAUGAUCCUCGGCGAGGCCUUCAACUCCCAGGAGCCGUUCGACUUCGGCGAGCAGAGCACCACGGAGCGAAUCCACAGGCUCAUCCCCGUGAUGCUGCGGGAGCGCCUGACGCCGCCGCCGGAGGAGACCUACUCCCUCCACAGGAAGAUGGGCGGCUCCUUCCUCAUCUGCUCCAAGCUGAAAGCCAGAAUCUCCUGCAAGAACAUGUUCCACGAGGCGUACAGGAACUACUGGAAGGACCGACGCCCCGACUCUGAACAGUGAAGACUUGUGUUACGUCGGGAUUAUCUUGAAUUUAUUUUUUGUAUCAUGUUGGAACAAUUGACAUGACGUCGGCUCUGCCCCCAUGCUGACGUAGAGCAAUCCUCCCCCAGUCAUUCCAGGGCACUUGUCAGCAACUGACCAAUCAGCGUACCAAGUACAGUACUCCGACAAUAUUGACACCAUCUAUCAUGGAAAAUACGCUGCAGUCAGAGAGAUUUUGAGGAAAAUAAUAAUCACUGUCCAAGUUGUCAGUGGGUAAUAUGCAGUCCCGACAGCCGUCACCCAGAACAUACGGAGGGCGGAAUACAAUUUAUUACAUUUACAAAAUCAAAAAGGAGUCUGGAAUAACGCAAGAAAUGAAUCAUGAACUGUAGCCCACCUCACGUCCAGCUGAAUGAAACUGAUGAACGGAAACUACCACGUUAGUCAGCACCACGAAGGUAACUGGUAGUAAACAUCCCAGUUUUUGUCAUAACGAUACUUACUGAUGGCUCCGUGCUAUCGAUUCAGGGCUCCUAAGGGCUCAGGCUCCAUGCUAGGACUUACCAGCUGUGUCCGAAUUCAGGGUCUACAUCCUAUGUAGGAUCAGUCCUACAUAGGAUGUAUG